AUGUACAGCAUGAUGAUGGAGACCGACCUGCACUCGCCCGGCGGCGCCCAGGCCCCCACGAACCUGUCGGGCCCGGCCGGGGCGGGCGGGGGCGGCGGUGGCGGCGGCGGCGGCGGCGCGGGAGCCAAGGCCAACCAGGACCGGGUGAAGCGGCCCAUGAACGCCUUCAUGGUGUGGUCCCGCGGACAGCGGCGCAAGAUGGCCCAGGAGAACCCCAAGAUGCACAACUCGGAGAUCAGCAAGCGCCUGGGCGCCGAGUGGAAGGUCAUGUCCGAAGCCGAGAAGCGGCCUUUCAUCGACGAGGCCAAGCGGCUGCGCGCGCUGCACAUGAAGGAGCACCCGGACUACAAGUACCGGCCGCGCCGCAAGACCAAGACGCUGCUCAAGAAGGACAAGUACUCGCUGGCCGGCGGGCUGCUGGCGGCAGGCGCGGGCGGCGGCGGCACGGCCGUGGCCAUGGGCGUGGGCGUGGGUGUGGGCGCGGCGGCAGUGGGCCAGCGCCUCGAGAGCCCGGGCGGCGCGGCGGCCGGCGGCUACGCGCACGUCAACGGCUGGGCCAACGGCGCCUACCCCGGCUCGGUGGCGGCGGCGGCGGCCGCCGCGGCCAUGAUGCAGGAGGCGCAGCUGGCCUACGGGCAACAUCCGGGCGCGGGCGGCGCGCACCCGCACGCGCACCCGGCGCACCCCCACCCGCACCACCCGCACGCGCACCCGCACAACCCGCAGCCCAUGCACCGCUACGACAUGGGCGCGCUGCAGUACAGCCCCAUCUCCAACUCGCAGGGCUACAUGAGCGCCUCGCCCUCGGGCUACGGCGGCCUCCCCUACGGCGCCGCGGCCGCCGCAGCCGCCGCCGCGGGCGGCGCGCACCAGAACUCGGCCGUGGCGGCGGCGGCGGCGGCGGCGGCCGCGUCGUCGGGCGCCCUGGGUGCGCUCGGCUCGCUCGUCAAGUCGGAGCCGAGCGGCAGCCCGCCGGCCCCGGCGCACUCGCGGGCGCCGUGCCCCGGGGACCUGCGUGAGAUGAUCAGCAUGUACUUGCCGGCCGGCGAGGGCGGCGACCCGGCGGCAGCGGCCGCAGCCGCGGCGCAGAGCCGGCUGCACUCGCUGCCGCAGCACUACCAGGGCGCGGGCGCGGGCGUCAACGGCACGGUGCCCCUGACGCACAUCUAGGGACGCGGGGGGCCCUGCGGCCGGCGACGGGCCGCCUGGCUUUUGUACAGACGUUUCCACGUUCUCGUAAACAGGCAAACACUGGCGCCGAGCACCAGGUGACACCCGGCCCCCCUAACCGGGAGCUCCUGGGGACCGCUAGGCGGGACCGUUGUGCGUUUGAGACUGAACUUCGGUGUUUUCUUGAGACUUUUUGUACAGUAUUUAUCACCCGCGGAGGCAGAAAGCGUUUUCUUUGCUCGAGGGGACACAGAGACCAAACCAUGCGAGAGGCGACGCCAGCUUUUUUCUAUCCCGGCCGCGCGCCCGCCCUCCGGCCGCAUCGCCUCCUGACGGCGUCGGGUGCCGGCGACGCGGGGAGCUGUUCUCAUUUGUUAUCGGUGUAGUGAGCCGGAGCCAAGCACACGCUUUUGGUGGUCGUUACCGCCUUGGGGGAUUGGUUGGUUAAUUUAUACCAAGAGAUCCCCACUCGCACCCCUCUCAGACGGCAGCGUUAUUCUGGGUUUUGUAAAACUUUCUGUAUCUGAGCAUUUCCGGGUUUUUGUUUUGUAUUAUUUCAUGUAAACGCGUUGUGCAGUUUUUAUUGGAGGCGUUGCGGUGUGGGGAGGAGGAUUCAGAUUAUGUACAUAGUUUCCCGAAAAGCCUUUCUGCUCAAAACGGUAAAGGAACCUCCACCCUAAAAGUGCAUCGAGCUUUGAGUCAAUAAAUUUGAGAGAGAAAAGUCCGGUUUUUCCCCCUAAACUUGAAACGUGCUAAAUUUAGAUUCAUGUUUUAUGAGCUCAAAACACAAUCAGUAAAUCUGACUAAGGAGAAAGAAAAAUUAUCAGCAUGAACUAAAACGGAGGGAACACCAGGGGAGAGGGUACGGUUUUCAUGGAGCUGCAUUCAGAGGAACGGAGGGAAGUUAAAAUCGGUAAUUAUUUUGUAGCGUUUACAGUGUUAUUACGGAACGAGAAAUAAUUGCUCCCCCCCCCAAAAAUUUAUAGUUUUGUAGUCCGGCCGUUGGGUGUGUAGUUUUCAGCUGCCGGCCGCUGCCGGCGGGCUUUUCGAUCCCUGGUUUCGGGCUUUGCCUCUUGCAGCUGGCCCGGGACCUGAGUGCAGUUUGGGGCGGAGGAGGGAGGAGAGAAGACCCCAGUGGCGGGACCAGGCCAAGGAUGGAUGACAGAGACCACGGCGGGGGCGCGGGGGCCCCCGACUCCCGGGCAGUUAACAAGAUUGCGAGUGAAAUUUUCUGAAUUUGGCUCAAGGAGAAACGCACUCUCUAAACCAAAAUGUACUGCAACCGAGGCCCCUCCGUCUGUCCUCAGCCCCUCCCUCUGGUAUAUGUCUCCUUGGAAAGGGACAAAAUAAUUUCGUUGGAUUUUCACACACACAGAACCGACCGCCCCACAUGCCCCGCCGUGACACUGGGAUGCAAGCUGUUAACCGAUGUGAACGCAAAAUGCGGUGUUUAUUAUUCUAAUGAGAUCUGAGGUUGUUUGAUGCUUUAAAUUUUUUAAUUAUAUUUUUUCUAGGUGUUUAUUGGUACCUUGCAGUUUUUUUCUGGAUUUUAAAGUUUUCUGUAAAACUUUGUCUUCAAGUAAUCUGACAGCAUUAAAUAUUGCAUUUAAAAUUAUACUGUAGCAAAUACAUUUUGACAUUAGUCACAGCAUAAAGAUGAAAUAUUUUUGAAAAGAACAAACUUUUAGGCCAGAUGGAAAUAUGUUGAUUUCAUCAACCCCUCAUU